ACCCAGGAAGAGAGUAAGGAUAUCCAGAACAGUUUUCUCGCACUGGGACAUCCAGAAACAUUGCCCUCAGCCCAGCCCCUCUGUAUGAGAAGGUAAGGGGCUACAAGUUCCCCGCCCUGCCCCUCUGCUAGGAAGUCCCGGCGGAGCCUUGGGCACAGCCUCGCCACUCUAAGGACUGUCUCUUCAUAAUGAUACCUAAUUCGGAUAACAAAAAACACCAGGGUCAACAGUCUCAGCAGAUGGGUCUUAUCCCCAUUUUGUGGAUGAGAAAACGGAGACCAGUGAGACAGUGCUCUGCAGUCUAUUCUGUCUGUCACAGGGAUACAGGGUUCUGCCAGGCAUGUAUAUUCAUCCCAAAGAACACCGGGCACAGUGUUAUAUCAGGCCAGGAAACCUAAUAUUUACCCAGAGACACACCCCAAACCCCACCCACCCACCCCCCCAGUUAGUCUGUGCCAUGCCCCUAGGUGCCCUCUCUGCAGUAGAGCACCUGGCCAGCCGGAGCGGUCACCCCAGCUUCCUCCCUGGUUCUAGAUUCCUAGGCUCUGUCCCUCUUUCUCUCCUUCGCUCAGCUCCCUAGCCCUCUCCCUCCCCUUGCCUUCUCUGGCAUUGCCCCCAGGCCCCACCUUUGCAUACAAGCAAACAAAUGGUUGAGAACUGUCACUGCCCCUGAAGCUGGGUUUAAAUGGUCUGGGGUGGACUUGAGGAUCUGUAUUUUUAAGGGCCCUCGGGUGUCUAAUGGGCAGCCAGAACUGAGAAUCACUGGGUUAGGAGAGGGUGCUGUAAGCGAGGUGUGGGGUGGAAAACCUAGAGCCCACAUAGCCUCCUCCUGAAGGCCUGAGGGUCCAGUGUGUUCUCCUUGGAGAUCAGGCUAGUGGCCAUGCCAGUUGGUGAAUCUGGGCCAUGAGCAGCCUGUUGAUUCACAGGCAGCCCUGGCAUAGGAGAUGUGUGCCACGCCAGCAUCCCAGGUUACCCAGACUGUGCCGCUUAUCCAUAAGCUCAGCAGACUGUCUUCCCAGGUCGGCUUUCCCCAGCCACUUCUCCCCAGCCUCCUACCCAGGUCCUGGAAUACAGAGGUGAUAGGUGCUCAAACAAGAAAACAUUAGGAGGUGAACUCUCAGUAUGCCAGGUCCCAAGCAAGUGACCUCUUGAUGACGUGUUCCCUUCCCACCUAUUCAGAGGACCCGUGCCAGCCCAGGUCUCUAAGGGUGGGCAUCAUAUUUUUACGUGCCCAGAUGAUUCAAAGGUGCAACCAGGGCUGAGAACCCCCACUCUGACUGGCUAUGGAAGAAAAGAAAGUCCCCCAAAACUCUUCCAGGCCUGACAUCUCCAGAGACCUAGGGCUGUUCUCUGGACCGUCCUCGGCCUCGGGCACUCCACACGACUCAUUAGAGUGGUGGCCCCCGCACGCAGGCACAGGACAGGCUCCAUCUCCUCGGGCCCUGGCCGUUCCCAUGGCGCCCUCGGAGGAGUCGCUCUCGGACCGUGCGCGCCCCGUUGACUGUGUCACUGCUCCUCCGCGGCCUGCAGCCAGGUCCUGUCCGCGCUCCGGAGGGGGGCACCUCCCCGCCACCUGGGACCCGGUCUCCACCAGAGGCAACAUCCUGCACCUGUCUGGGAGGGACUCGGACGAGACCUGGGACACCAGGACGCCGAGGUGGGAACCACAGCGCAGGAUGGACACCAACAGGGGCCUCCCAGCCAUCGAGAGCCACAGGGACCUCCACAUAUGGAUCACUGAGAACCUUAAGAUGGUGCCGGUCCCCGAGCGGGCUUAUGGGAACUUCUUUGAGGAGCACUGCUACAUCGUCCUGCACAUCCCCCAGAGCCUGAAGGCCACAUCGGGGGCGCCCAAAGACCUGCACUACUGGGUCGGGAAGGAGGCGGGUGUGGAGGCGCAGGGUACGGCGGGCUCCUUCGUGCAGCACCUACAGGAGGCGCUGGGUGGCGCCACCGUGCAGCACCGCGAGGCGCAGGGCCACGAAUCCGCCUGCUUUCUCAGCUACUUCCGCCCUGGAAUCAUCUACCGGAAGGGAGGCCUGGCCUCUGCCCUCAAGCACGUGGAGACCAACAUGUACAAUAUCCAGCGACUGCUGCACAUCAGAGCAGGGAAGCACGUGUCAGCCAGCGAGGUGGAGCUCUCCUGGCACAGCUUUAAUAAGAGUGACAUCUUCCUGUUAGACCUGGGCAAGAUGAUGAUCCAGUGGAAUGGGCCCCAAACCAGCACUGCCGAGAAGGCGCGGGGCCUGGCCCUGACCCGCAGCCUCCAGGACAGGGAGCGUGGUGGCCGUGCACAGAUUGGCGUGGUGGAUGAUGAGGCUGAAGCCACUGACCUCAUGCAGAUCAUGGAAGCUGUGCUGGGCUGCAGAGUGGGCAACCUGCACACCGCCAUGCCCAGCAAGAGUAUUGACCAACUGCAAAAGGCCAAUGUCCGCCUCUACCAUGUCUACGAGAAGGGCAAGGAUGUGGUGAUCCAGGAGUUGUCGACCUGCCCUCUGGCCCAAGACCUACUGCAGGGGGAGAACUGCUACAUCCUGGACCAGGGUGGUUUCAAGAUCUACGUGUGGCAGGGACGCAUGACUAGCCUCCAGGAGAAAAAGGCUGCCUUCAGCAGGGCUCUGGGCUUCAUCCAGGCCAAGGGCUACCCGAGCUACACCAAUGUGGAGGUGGUGGACGAAGGCGCCGAGUCGGCCGCGUUCAAGCAACUCUUCCGAUCGUGGUCUGGGGAGCAGCGCAAGAACAAGCACCUCCGCGGAAAGGGUAAAUUACUUCAGGUGAAACUGGACGUGGGCAAGCUGCACAGCCAUCCUGAGCUGGCGGCCCAGCUCAGGAUGGUGGACGACGGCUCUGGGAAGGUGGAGGUGUGGUACAUCCAGGACUCAUGCAGGCAGCCCGUGGACCCCACGCAUCACGGACAGUUGUGCGCAGGCAACUGCUACCUUGUCCUCUACACGUACCAGAAGAUGGGCCUCAUCCAGUACAUCCUGUACCUAUGGCAGGGCCUCCAGGCCGCCGCACACAAGAUCAAGGCCCUGAAGAGCAAUGCCGAGGAGCUGGACCUCCAGUACCGUGGAGUGCUGGUGCAGGAGCACGUGACCAUGGGCAGCGAGCCCCCUCACUUCCUCGCCAUCUUCCAGGGCCAGCUGGUGAUCUUCCAGGGGAGCGCUGGGCACGAUGGGAAGGGGCAGCCAGAGUCCGCCACAAGGCUCUUCCACAUACGAGGCACCGACAGCUACAACACCUGGACCCUGGAGGUGCCAGCCCGUGCCUCGGCCCUCAACUCCAACGACAUCUUCCUGCUGGCCACAGCUGGCCUCUGCUACCUCUGGUUUGGGAAGGGCUGCAGCGGUGACCAGCGUGAGAUGGCACGGACAGUGGUCACCGUCAUCUCCAGGAAGGACAAGGAAAUGGUGCUGGAGGGUCAGGAGCCUCCCCACUUCUGGGAGGCCCUGGGGGGCCGGGCGCCCUACCCCAGCCGCAAGAGGCUCCCCGAGGAUGUGUCCGACUUCCAGCCACGACUGUUUGAGUGCUCCAUCCAGACGGGCCCCCUGGUCCUCACGGAAGUGGUGUUCUUUAGCCAAGAGGACCUGGACAAGUAUGAUGUCAUGUUACUGGACACCUGGGAGGAGAUCUUCCUGUGGCUGGGGGCAGCUGCGAGCCAGUGGAAGCAGGAGGCCGUGGCCUGGAGCCAGGAGUACCUGAAGACCCACCCAGCAGGGAGGAGCCUGGCCACGCCUAUCGUGCUGGUCAAGCAAGGCCACGAGCCUCCCACCUUCACUGGAUGGUUCCACACCUGGGACCCCUACAAAUGGACGAGCAAUCAGUCUUAUGAGGAGGUGGUGGAGGGCGGCCUGGGAGCAGUAUCUGCCAUCUCAGAGAUAACAGCACAGGUCAACAACUUACAGCUGUCCAGGUGGCCAAGCAAUGGCAGGGCAGGCCCGGCGGCCCCGUGGGCCCUCAAGGGCUCCAAGGACAGCUCCAAGAGCGAGCUGGAGCUGGGCCCCAAGGCGGGCGGCAGGAGCAGCAGCCCCAGAUCCGUGGCCAGCGGGAGCCUGCCCCGAGAACAGCUGAUGCACCAGGCUGUGGAGGACCUGCCGGAGGGUGUGGACCCGGCCCACAAGGAGUCCUAUCUCUCAGACUCUGAUUUCCAAGAUAUCUUUGGGAAGUCCAAGGAGGAGUUCUACAGCAUGGCCAAGUGGAGGCAGCAGCAGGAGAAGAAGCAGCUCGGCUUCUUCUGAAGCCCGGCCCUGCCGUCUCCAUCUACGUGGCCAAGACGCCUGUCUGCGGGCACCUCCCCUACACGUAUAUGAGUCCCCCGGGGAGGCCCUCCUAGCACACCCUGCUUGGAGACUCCUGGGUCACUAAAAUAAAAGCCUGUGGCCUUCACCAGAUGUGGUGAGUGGGCUUUCAGGUCUGGGUCACUCAGCAGGUCCACCUCUGGGGAGAGUGGGCCUCUGGGGUUGGAGGGGUCGGCCGUGACAGUCCAAAGACUGAGCCCUCCAUACCCUCCGCCAUGCAGGGGUUUGUUUCUUGCUGGCCCCUCCUGCCCAGGGGAUAGAUGUCCCCCCCUUGCUCCAGUGUGAGGGUGGAGAAGUGGAG